CCCGCGGGAGACCAAACCACCCACCCCGCGCUCAGCCCGCACUCCCAGCACGCGGAGCGGAUUGCACGGGGCGCGCUCCGAGGUCGCAUCUCUACCUCCUGUGCGCCAUCUCACAGAUCAACUUGACAAUGCCCAGGUACCAAGAGAAGACUCCACGCUGGGGGAAGCCCUUUCUGUGGCUGCUCGUGGUGCUGGGCCUCGUGGUGCCAUGCCUUCCUCGGGGAGACAUCGACGUGCUGUCACUCAACGAGGUGAAUCCACAGUGCUGGGAGUGGUCCACGAUCGCAGUAAUCAAGAUGCAAAAGCCCCGCAUGACGCACACAGUCGGCGAAUUCUGGAAUUUCAUGCUCGGCCUGAAGAACUCUGACAACCCGCACCAUGCCAAUAACUUCUGGGACCUGGCGCAGCUGUUUUGGGACAAGUAUGUGCAGUGUGUCAUCUCCAUAUCGCACGGCCUGGGACGAAGGGAAACCGCUACUGCUGUGCACUCUGCCGUGCACAGCCCACGCAGGGCUCCAGAUUUCGCAUCAGUACCUCACAGGCAAGCAGGAUUGUUAAUGAAGAUGUCAUUCCCGACUUACUUGGAAAGAAUUAUCAAAAAGUUCCAGCAAUUUUGAUUUCGUAAAUAAAUACACGUGCGCGAAGCGGAGAUCGAACUCGGCUUCUGCUCUUUUCUUCGGUGCAUUCACGUUCAUGUUUAGAAUUGUUGACAAUUUUACGUUUUGCUAUGAAUAUUAUUAUUACUUUACGAUAAACGCCCUAAACUGCGCUGAGCUCGACUUUGUGAAGGCGCCGUCUGAGAGCGGUCCCCGGCGUGAUUCCGAGUCCUCCGUGUGCGCAGUGUGGGCCGUGAACUCGCGGGAGGAGCCCAGAGCGGAGUCGAGGAUGACCGCUCGUCCGCUUGAGCCAAUCACGCGCACAGUUCCUUGCGGCAUUGAAUUAAACGAUAUUGGUGUACUCUCUAACAUCACCUGCAAUGAUUCAUAUAUAUAAAUAAACGUGAGUGGAUGUUAAGAGGUUUGCACUAACAGUUUUAAGUAUUAAAUGUUUGGAUUGAAAUUCAAUCUCAAAUUUCAAGCGCUGCCUCCAUUGAAGUGUGCGUGGCUGUCAUUUGGAGUGUCGACUGUGCUCGAAGCAGGUGAAGGCAAUUUUAAUGCAGUGCAUUAUAAAACUCAUUUUAGACGCUGGUUAAUUAACAUGUAUACACAACAAUCAAAAUGCUUAGUUGAAUUAGUUUAACGGUAGUCUGAACAAGUUAAGCGCGUUGAGUAAAGCGUGUUUUGUAAACUUUUUCUAAAUCAUAUUUUUCAUCCACGAAACCUACAAUUUACAAGUGAGCAUUUGUUGAGACACAAACUUGCAUUUUUAGUUGUGAACUAAGAAUUCAAACAAAUAAAGCACGAGAACAAAUAAUAACUACAGUUUCUAUAGCACCGUAAGUAUUGAGAUUGAGCCGCCUAUUGUACACAAUGUGUCAUCUCUUUUGAUAUUAAACCAAGAUGCAAUUGUGAAGCACAAAUGCAGACUGAUCAUUGACACCCUUAGAAAUAUCGACUUUAAACCAUGACCGAGUAUGUUCACUGCCAUUUAAUAAAACUAUCGUGACAUUAGGCGCUUGUCUGUCCACAGAGACACAGCGUAGCACGGUUGGUAAGGGAUAAAGAUUUACACGUG